GACGUUCUUAGUGAUAACUUUUCAAUGCUUAGCAUUAUCAGAAAUCCAAAAACAAUAGUGUGUAAAUUAAAUGUUCAUUUUACAUGAUAUAAGCAAAAAUCGCUAAAUCAAUUUUUAAUGCGCUACAAAUACAAAAAAUAUGAAAAAUUAUGCUUGCGCUAUUCAAACACACGGCCAUCAUACUGAUAUUGCCCUGAAGAUUUAUAGUAAUCGUAUAUUGUUGAUUAUAACACAUUUUAAAAAGUUUGGAUCAUUGAUAACAGUUAAUCGGUGUUCUGCGUUACAACAAUUUAAUAAUGGCUCAUUUUCUAUAAAGGUACUGUUUGGAAAGGAUGACAUCGAUAUUCUGGCAGCAGUUCGAUAUAUAGCAGAACAAAUUAAUGCAGAGAAACCAUUACUAAUUUCAAUAUGUUUAAAAGACUAUGAUUCAGACACUUUAAAAGCUAUUGUUGCAGCCAUAAAUAAAAUAAAACCUUGGUGAUAUUAUAAAUUAAAAAUAUAAGUAUGAGUUUAAUAUUUGGCCAAUUAGUUAUUGGCCCACCAGGAAGUGGGAAAACUACAUAUUGUAAUGUUAUGUCCAAGUUUUUAGAGAAACUUGGCAGAAAAGUAGCUGUCAUUAAUAUUGAUCCUGCAAAUGAAAACAUGGAGUAUAUACCAACAAUAGAUAUAUCUGAAUUAAUAAAACACGAAGAAGUAAUGUCACAUUACAAGCUUGGACCAAAUGGAGCUUUACUUUAUUGUAUGGAAUUUUUAGAAGCUAAUAUAAAAUGGUUAAUUACAAAAGUUUUAAAUUUGAAGGAUCACUAUCUCAUUUUUGAUUGUCCAGGACAGGUUGAACUAUAUACUCACCACACAUCAAUCAGCACAAUUGCUGAAAAAUUAGAACAAAAUUUAGUAAGACUAUGCAGUGUGCAUCUUGUAGAUUCUCACCAUUGUAGUGAUGUCGGUAAAUAUUUAUCCUCCUUAAUUCUUUGCACAACAACCAUGUUGAAACUAGGCUUACCUCAUGUUAAUGUUAUGACAAAGUUUGAUGAAAUGAAAAAAUUUGGUAAUUGUCUAGAUUUUAACAUAGAUUUUUAUACCGAAGUACUCGAUUUAAAGUAUUUAUUGGAUAAACUCGACGAAGAUCCUUUUACAUCAAAGUGUAAAAAAUUAAAUGCAGCUUUUGUGUCUCUGAUAGAAGAUUACAGUCUUGUCAGUUUUAUACCAUUAGAUAUUUCUAAUCAAGCAUUGUUGCUGCAAGUAAAAAAUGCAGUGGACAAAGCUAAUGGUUACAUUUUUGCCGGAAAUGAACCUCAAAAUGUUCAAACUUUGCUUGCUUGUGCUGUAGGAGCAGUAAGUGAAACUGAAAAAAUGUCCACGAUAGAUUCAUAUCUUUAAUAAAAAAAUUUAUUUUCUGUAUAAACGAUGGUACUUCUUUCCAUACUAAAUUGCUUCAAUAUAGUUGUGGCUAUAUCAGGUAAA